AUGGAUGAAUCAUUCGAGGAGGAGGCGGAGGAGUAUUUGGAGGAUGAAAAGGAUACGGCUGAGAUGCGAAUGUGCGAAGAUGCAGAAAUCGGACAAGAAAGUGUAAUGGAAAGGGAAAAUGGCAUGGAAAAUGAUAAAAGUAGUGUGGAAGAAGAGAUGCCCCAUGAUCAGGAGCGCUCGCACCCAGAGAAAAUGUGGGAUCCAUUGGAAGAAGUGAACAUUGUAGCGGAUCACGAUGAAUUAAGGAACGAGAGCGGUAAGCUUUAUCGCAGUCAACUGCGCCCAAAGGAGUGUGGAAAACAAAAUAGUGUGCCAGAUGUACUGGAUUUAAUCUGGGGAGUGGCGAAGAAAGAAAUUCAUCGAGCGGUAAUUUACGAGAACGAAGUUCCUCGCUGGGCUGAUGAUGACCCCAAACAAGAAGAUAUGGAAAGUUUUGUGACCUUACAGGACACCGAGAAGAAGAAACUUUACAUCGUUCCUGCAGUCACACCAAGGGUGCUGCGAAAUUGGCGAGGAAAAACCAUCAAAAUUUUUGUGCAUGUUUAUUCAACUAACGUUGAAAACAACACCCAGUAUCAGCAAGUGCAUCGAAAGUUGAUCGCUUCUAUAAAUCCGGACCGAUCUGGCGCUGAUUGUACCCUGGAUGAGUAUACUUUGGCGAAUGAGCUUCGCGAUGGACAUCCUGAUAUAGAGGGACACCAUAGUUCUUGGUUACUGUGGGCGAAUUUUAUCAAUUCAUCACCGGCACAUGAACGCGAUCGACUGAAACAGGCCCGAGCACCUCCGCUAAACUUGGCGAAGUUUUUCCGUUGGACGUCUGUCUCGGAGGCAGCAAGACUGCAGUCACUAAGCAGAGGACUUGUCGUAGCAAAAACUGUAAACCAAAGCUGGUCCAAAGAAAUCGCCGAGGUAAGAAAGGAUGCUGAUCUUGCGCUGUCUAUUCUGCAAGGAAUGGUGAACAAAUUGAAUGUGAUGGAAUCUCGAGCGAACACGGAUUUGGAGCUUUUGACGGCGAUGACAUCAGCGACACAACCCGAAGAAUGCGAGCUUAGUCACACUCUAGCAGAAAGAGUCGUAGAUUGUGCUGACUUAGAUCAUUCUUGGAGUAAGACACAUUUUAACAUGUAA